CAUCCUUUUAUGAAUUUUUUUCUUCUCCGAAAUAGCUUGAAACCGAAACAACCCUCAAAGCCCCUCAUAAACCCUUCCAUGUGCCGCAGUUAACCAUUCUCUGCUCUCUGCGUCUGCCCAAAACCCAAACAUCAUGUUCUUAUAUUCGUUAAUCCUGCUACAGCGCAGUAGAACCGUCUCCGACUGUCUCCGGACCCGUAUUUUAUCCCGGGCCAUGGGCGGCGGCCCCCGGACCUUUCCGGGUGGUCUCAACAAGUGGCAAUGGAAGCGACUUCACGAGAAGAAAGCUAAGGAGAAAGAGAAGCGCCUUCUCGACCAAGAGAAGCAGCUCUACCAGGCCCGAGUCCGAUCCCAAAUCCGGGCUAAACUCGCCGGCAAACCUGAGGAGCCAGGGGAUUCCGCUACUCAUGACCCAAUGUCCCCCAAGGACCAAAUCAAAGCCCUUGCUGAUCGAUUCGUGAAAGCGGGAGCCGAAGACCUGUGGAACGAGCAUGAUGGUCCGUUGAAAACGCCACCUCCAAAUCAACGGCCGGGAUCGGUUAGGGGGUACCAACAGCCUGGUUCCAUCAGUUCUCCACUUGAUGUGAGCAGAUUAAUAUUAGAGAAUCGCAAUUUAGGGAGCAACAGCAAAAAUGUAAUGAAUUCUACUAAUGUGAAAAUUAAUGGUUUUGGUUGUGGAAAUGUUAGGGAUUAUUCGGUGCAGAGUGAGAGGAGAUUUGGCAGAAAUGGGAGUUCAGAGAGCAAAACAGAUUUUUCUUUUGAUUCAAAGGGCGUUUAUUUGAAGAAAUCUUCGAGUAGUUGGGAAAGUAAUCACGAAGAAGCAAAUAAUUCGAGUGAUGAGAAUGCUUAUAUGAGGCAUGGGAGAUCAUCAAUGCAGAGGGGAAGGAGGUUUCGUAGAAAUGAGAACACUUCGAGCAGUGAAGAUGAUGGUGAUUCUGAUUUUGGUGAGGAGGAGGAGGGGGGUGUGAGGAGGAUGACUGGUAGUAGUGCUGCAUUGGGAAAGUAUGAUAGGAAGAUAACCAAGAGAGUACCUUUGAAGUUCGUUGAAGAAGAGAGCAGUUUAAGCGAGGUGGAGAGGAUUAGGAAGGAGAUGAACGAAAGGAAAAUGUUGAGAAAUGAGGCGGAGAAGAGAUUUGAACGGGAGAAGAACGAGGAGGAUUCUGUUUUUAGUCAGAAGAGGUUUGAUGAAUGCAAUAUAUCUCUACUUACUCUGAAGGCACUCACUGCAGCUGGGUAUGUUCAAAUGACCAGGGUACAGGAGGCAACUCUUUCUGUUUCUCUUGAGGCAGGCAAAGAUGCUUUGGUCAAAGCCAGAACUGGGACAGGAAAAAGUGCUGCUUUUUUGCUUCCUGCAAUUGAAACAGUUUUAAAGCCUACAACAAGCAAUUCCCGUCAGCGGAUGCAUCCAAUAUCUGUUCUUGUUCUCUGCCCCACAAGAGAACUUGCAAGUCAAAUAGCUGCAGAAGCCAUUGCUAUGCUUAAGUUCCAUGAAGGCAUAGGAGUGCAGACGUUAAUCGGAGGCACACGCUUCAAAAUUGACCAGAAACGCCUAGAGUCAGAUCCAUGCCAGAUAAUAGUUGCAACUCCUGGUAGACUGCUGGAUCACAUUGAAAAUAAGUCUGGGUUAUCUGUGCGUUUGAUGGGAUUGAAAAUGCUCAUAGUCGAUGAAGCUGACCAUUUACUGGACCUGGGUUUCCGGAAGGAUAUGGAAAAAAUCGUUGAUUGUCUACCCCGUCAGAGGCAGUCCUUGCUGUUUUCUGCAACUAUGCCGAAAGAGGUUCGACGUGUAUCUCAGCUUGUUUUGAAAAGGGACCAUGUUUAUGUUGACACAGUUGGUCUUGGUUGUAUUGAAACUCCUGAAAAGGUUAAUCAGUCUUUUAUGGUUGCACCUCAUGAACUGCAUUUUCAAAUGGUACACCAUAUCUUGAAGGACCAUAUCUUUCGAACACCUGAUUACAAGGCCAUUGUUUUUUGUUCAACGGGAAUGGUUACAUCACUUAUGUAUCUACUUCUCCGGGAAAUGAAAAUGAAUGUUAGGGAGAUACAUUCUAGGAAGCCUCAAAUUUAUCGAACUCGAAUCUCUGAUGAAUUCAGGGAGUCAAAGCGACUGAUACUUGUUACAUCUGAUGUCUCCGCUCGUGGGAUGAAUUAUCCUGAUGUUACGUUGGUCAUUCAGGUUGGGAUUCCUUCUGACCGGGAGCAAUACAUACAUCGCCUUGGAAGAACUGGACGGGAAGGCAAAGAGGGGGAUGGCAUUCUGUUGAUUGCACCAUGGGAAGAAUAUUUUCUCGAUGAAUUGAAAGACCUUCCUCUUGAAAAAGCUGCUUUACCAUAUCUAGAUCCGGACAACAGACAGAAGAUGGAGGAUUCACUGACCAAAAUUGAUAUUAGUGUCAAGGAAGCAGCGUAUCACGCUUGGCUUGGAUAUUAUAACUCAAUCAGCGAUAUUGGAAGGGAUAAGACCACACUUGUUCAGCUAGCCAACAAAUUCUGUGAGUCAAUUGGACUAAAAACACCUCCUCCUCUUUUCAGAAAGACGGCUAUAAAAAUGGGUUUGAAAGAUAUCUCUGGUAUUCGACUUCGAAAGUAGCAGCAUCUUUUGGAAAGAUUUAAAAGCUGCAGAAUACUUCUGCUGUGAUAAAACGAAAAGGGAGUGUUGGAGCAACUCUUUGAAGUUGAAUGUCAUGAAUGCAAAAAAUACCAGCUUCAACCUAUGAUGAAUGGGAAAUAUCGGAGCCUACACCACUUUUUAAGCUUCUGCCUACAGUCUUGCGCUGCGAAUUUCUUCUAAGCUUUUGUAUUCUGAUUUGAUAGCCUUCGCCUGCAUUCGAUCACAUGGUGCUCCUGUAUCCAAGAAGGCAGUUUUUGGUAUUGGCAGCCAGACAUUGCUACUGGCAUAGGCCAUCUCUCAAGUAUGGCCGGUUAGCAUGUAAUGCAUGCUAUUUGGUCAAAUAUAGGAAUCAUAGUUUUAUCUCAAGCUGUAUGCCUUCGAAGCAUCAUGUUUCAUAUGAUGUCACCUUUUGAGAGAGAAUAACUUUGUUGUGAAAAGUGAUCCGGCUGAGUCUGAGGGCACAAUUAGUCAAUUACUGCACCAAAUUGGUUAUUGUAGUCCUAAGAUGAUUCAUAGUAGAAACUCUUAACAAAAACUUCAAAUGUUCAGUUUUUAUACACUUUUCAUA